UUAAAGAUUGACAUUUGUUUGACGUUUGCAUUUUGGUUUUGGAUUUUUGCUUAUAAGUUCUUUCCAAUAUCGUGUAAUUUUUAUUUAUCUCACAGUCAGAAAUGUUUACUUAGAACAGUUUAUUAUUAAAUAAAAAGAGAACGGUUAAUAUACAAAGAACAAAAUGAGCGAUCGCAUCAACAAAGGGUCAACUCGAUCCGCGCGUGAUGAUUCUAGAACGGGCAGGGAGAGGCAGCGGUCGAGAUCUCGGUCCCGAUCUCCAAAGCGGAGGUCACCGCACACCAGAAGAUGGGAUUCAAAGGAAGAUUCUAGAAGCCGGGAAUAUAGAGAUAAAAGAAGUCCCGUAGACAAAUGGGAAGAUUCUGAAGAAGAAGUACCUGCACCACCACCUCCACCUCGCAUUAGCAAAAUCUCCAUUGGCUUCACCAAACCUAAAGCUCCCAUCAAAAUGACACUGGGCAUGCCCUCUAAGGCUCCCGUUAAUGCAAAGCCUUCUGUUGCAUCAGUAUUCAAUGCAGAUGAUGAUGACGAGGAACCUGAAGAGAUGCCAGCGGAGGCUCGCAUGAGGAUGAGAAAUAUUGGAAGGGAAACACCAACAUCGGCUGGUCCCAACUCCUUUGGGAAAACAAAGCAAGGCUUCUGUGACGCUAAGAAGGUGUUUGAAAAGAAUCUGAAACAUGCUCUAGAAUCUGUGGACAAACCAACAAUGGCGAAGCUACCACAGACUAUAUACAAAAUUAAAGGUCCUUGAUAAUAUAUUCUAUUUUCCAUUGUAGAUUUUGGCCUCUUGUCAUGUAAUAUUUUAUCUAUAGUCUAUAGACAAUGUAUAACAUUUUAAAAAGUGUAAAAUAGAAUUUAUGUAAUAUGUCCAAGUACUACACUCCCAUGUCUGUCUUAAAUAAUU